CAAAACCUCGCCUACAAAAAACCCUUCUCCUUCCUCAUUUCCCUAAUCACACCUUUCGGCUCCCGUGAAACCUCAGAAGAUCUUCUCUUUCAUAUCGCCGUUGAUUUCGUUUCAUCGCUACAAUGGCGCUUCCGAAUCAGCAAACCGUUGAUUAUCCAAGCUUCAAGCUUGUUAUCGUUGGUGAUGGUGGAACCGGUAAAACUACUUUUGUGAAGAGGCACAUCACCGGUGAAUUCGAGAAGAAAUAUGAACCAACUAUUGGAGUUGAAGUUCAUCCAUUGGACUUCUUCACCAACUGUGGGAAGAUCCGGUUCUACUGCUGGGACACUGCUGGACAGGAGAAGUUUGGUGGGCUUAGGGAUGGAUACUAUAUUCACGGUCAAUGUGCUAUCAUUAUGUUCGAUGUGACUGCUCGUUUGACAUACAAGAAUGUUCCUACCUGGCAUCGUGAUCUUUGCCGUGUCUGCGAGAAUAUUCCAAUUGUUCUUUGCGGGAACAAGGUAGAUGUGAAGAACCGACAAGUCAAGGCCAAGCAAGUUACUUUCCAUCGCAAGAAGAACCUGCAGUACUAUGAGAUAUCUGCCAAGAGCAAUUACAACUUUGAGAAGCCCUUCCUGUAUCUUGCUAGGAAGCUUGCUGGGUAAGUACCUCAAAUUGAAACUUGUACUAUCCAUCCUCAUCGGGCAUGAUGCUAGUUUGUUAAUAAUGUGCACGAAUCUCAUAUCUUUUCUUUUUCUCUUUUAGUGAUCCCAACUUGCAUUUUGUGGAGAUGCCUGCCCUUGCUCCACCGGAGGUGCAGAUCGACCAUGCUGUACAGCAACAGUAAGUGUCACUAUUUUUGUCUUUGAACAUAUGUACCCGCAGUUCACAAUUUCAUUCUUUCUUAGUUUUUGUGCUCAUUGUGCCACAUUGUUGUAACCUGUCAGGCAUGAAGCUGAGAUUGCUGCAGCUGCCAAUCAGCCCCUUCCUGAUGACGAUGAUGAUGCAUUUGAUUAAGCUUGUGAAGAGCAGUGGUUUUUUGUCACCCUGCAAUUUAUGAUGCUUCUAUAGGAUUUAUGGUCACAUUUCUGGCCUGUAUCGAUUUUCAGAAUUUUGUCUUUGUUAGAAGGGAUGUUGAGGGAUUUCCUCAAGUGAUGUAGAAGUUUCUGAACAACUGUCUUGAUUUGUGAGAAUUAUGGUUUUUUAAACUUUUCAGCAUGGAGGGGUGAUGAUGCCUGCUAUUUCUAUCAUUUGUAUUGACAGCAAUAUGUAGGAUUGAAUUCUCUCUAUGGUUAAGCUGCUUGAAUGAAUCUUAAAGGUUUCACUCCUUUCUGGGAGAUUAUCAUAAUUUAUGUUCAGUGUGUUUUAUUUUGAUCAGCGUUCACCAACAAAAUCUCCUGUGUAUAAACCCAAUUUUUGCUUAAUUUAGAUGAACAAAUUUAUUCUAUGGCUUCUUUGUUCUCUUAGCAGCAGGUUAAAACUAUUGGAAUACUGUUAUCAACUUAACUACACGGCUGCUAACUAUAAGAAAUGCUGGAAUCAAGUUUACAAUGCUGUUAGCUAUAAGAAUUAAGUAAAUUCAAAUGGUCGUGACUGUAGGAACUUCUGUUGGCUUGGGAAAUCGGGUGCCGGAGAUUGGAAGGGGAAGUGGACAGCCAGUAUGUCGUCCAGUUGUUUUGGAAGAAUGGUUUUGGAAGAAGACAGACCUUCGUUCCACGAAUGAGAGCCUUAUUAGGGCCAUUAGGGAGCUUGUACAUAAAGAACCUUGUUAAGGCCAUUAGAGAGCUUUUGUAUAGACUGUAGAAAUUAGCCAUGUACAUAAAGAAUGUAAUUAUUCGACUGACUUUUCAACGAUUUUGGCAUAUCCCUGUAGAAUCCUUGAAUAAGGUUUUUGACUUGAUACAAUGAAAUACUCCUUUUUU